AUGCUAGAAGAUACAUUAAUUAAUCAUAUUGAAUAUGAACUGGAUUCCGAAUCAAUGGAUGUGGAUAAUGACGUUAAUUCAACUUCGAAUCUGCAGAUCGACAGUAAUGUGUCAAGAGAUGUUGGUACUGAUGUAGAGUUAUCAGAUGAAAUUCAAGUCCCUGUUUCAGUUAUUGGUAAUGAAAUGGGUUUAAAUGAGCUCGAUGAUGGUUCAAAAUUACUAUAUCAAAAUUUAAUGAAUAUGUCCCCCCUUAAAACUUCUGAAAGAAUACUUGAUGAUAUACUUUCUAACAUUCCAUUAAUGAAAGUUAUCAACAGUAAAGAGAACUGCAAUACAUUAAGAUAUAACGAGCAAUUUAAUAAUAGUAUUUUAAAACAACCGAUGAUAGAAUACUCUAAAUUGAGAGCCACUGUACAUCCAGAUUCAAUCGGCUCAAUAGUUGAUCAAAUUGUUAUACAAUCAAAAUUUGAGUAUAAAUCUGUUACAUGUCCAAAUCAUAAUAAAAUUGAGGUGUUUAUGGGGGUGUUGAUCGAUUCAACCCAGAAAGCCAAUACCCUUGAUGAUUUAUCCAAUAUUAUCAUUAAUCAUGUAAAAAUUACAGUAAAAACUAGAACAGUAUUAGAAAGGACCCGAAGAUUAAUGGGACUCUCAAAAUUUCAUUUAGUUAAAGAGCUACAUCCAUUUGAUCAGAAAGAUUUAUUAACCUUUGAUAAAAACGCUGCAAACUUAAUAGAUCACGCGAUAUAUGUUUCUGAAGAUACGAACAAAUUGAUAUUAAUUGAAAUAUUCAAUCCUGAGUUUGAUUCUCAGGAAGAAAGAGGAUUGUUUACUCCGAAUGUGAUAAAUCAAAGGUAUUUACAUUCUUUAGCUGAAGGAGAAGAACCUAGCACCGAGGAUAUUCCAACGGGAAUUGAAUGCAUUAACACUUUAUUUAAAGUUUUUAAAGGACCAUUAACGAGAAAAUCAAGCAAUGACCCUAUAAAAAGAAUAAAUUCAGACAACCCAAUUUUAAGGUUGCAUAUGAACCCAGAAUGGUUAGUAUCAAAAUAUGGUUUCAAUAUGGUACUUGAAAAGGAUGUAGAAACUGGUGAUGAAUUUACAGAAUAUGAACCUCCAGAUUUAACAGAUUAUGUUUCAAAUCAACAAACAAGAAAAAUCAGAGAAUCUGUAACUAGAAAAUGUUUAGAAUUAAUAUUUUUUGGUAAAAUGAUGAUUAAUUUGCUUUCAAAAGAGGAACUUGAAAAAUCAUCUAAAUCAUUGCGCACAUUUAAUUUGUUACAAACAUCUUUUUCUACAUCGUUUUUUAAGCUGCUAAUUCAAGAAAGAGGUGUAGGCUUACCAAUCGAAAAUCAAUCUAAUUAUAAUAUAGAUUACCAUUUUAUUAAUCUAUCUGUUUCGUAUCAUUAUUCAGAAAGGGAUAUUAUCCAGAUGUUUGAGGUAAUCAGUAAAGUCGAUCCUGACAACAUUGGUCAUUAUUACGAUUCACUGCAGUUUAUAGCAAAUGCUAAAGGUUCCUAUCAAUUAAUAGCUUAUUGCUCUAAACUUGAUAUUGUCGGCCAAGAGUCUUUGGAAACGGCAAUUAAAACAUUUAAUUUAGAUUUGUCAGUAACUGCUUUAUCUUCAUUGGAAGAUUCUGUUAUAAUGUCAAUAUAUCAAGCUGAAUUGAAAAACAAAAGUUUGUCUCAAGAGAGACAUGUUAAUUUGAGAAAUGCAUUACAAGUCCUAGCAUCUUACAAAAAGUCAAAGAAAUUGAAAUUUUUUGUAGAUUAUGAACCAUAUUUAAAUACUCGCACAGCAUAUAAUAUGUUAGAAAUUGAUGAGUCUAUUGACGACGACAUCAUUCAAACAGCAUAUUCAAUAAAAGUAAACGAUGCACCAGGCUUGAAAUUGGAUUGUGAUAGAGCAUUGUAUACUAUAGCUAUAGCAAGAAGAAGCAUUUCUUUGUUUAAUUUCCUAUUAGAAAACAAUCUAAUUUUUCAGGAGUACUAUACAGCCGAUACAUUCUCUUAUACAUCUGCUUUAUCUUUAUUGCAAGUUAACGAAAAUGCUAGUGACGAGAAUAUUUUGGAAGUAUUUCAAAAAAAAUGGUUCGAGGAAGCGAUGGUUGCUUUUGAUCAUCUUUUAAAGCUGAAAGCAGCUUUAACUAAAAUUGCAUUUCAGCGUAACUCAAAAUUAAUUAGUAAUUUCUUAGAGACGGGUGUCAUCGACCCAAGUUGUCUUCCAGCAGAGAAUUGGCCUACAGGUCUAAAUAAUAUUGGUAAUACAUGCUAUUUAAACUCUCUACUACAAUAUUAUUUUGCAAUUUCUCCUCUAAGAGAUGAAAUUAUUAACUAUACCAAAACAGUCGAUGACAUUGAAAAUAAUUUACAGUUACAAGGAAUUACUCGUAGGGUUGGUGGAAGAGUGACAAACACAAUUGAAGUUGAACGUUCGGUCCAAUUUGUUUAUCAACUUAGAGAUUUAUUUUCUGAAAUGAUUUAUUCUCACUCUAGAUGUGUAACACCGAAAAAAGAGCUUGCUUAUUUAGCAUUUGCUCCAAGCAAUGUGGAAGUUGAGUUUGAUUCAGAAGACGGUAAAUCACAAAGAGACAAUAUCAGCACUGAAACUGUCGAUGUAGGGGCUGAUGGUAAGAAUGAUAAUUUACUGGUUGAUUUUGAUUCGAAUAUAGGCGCAAAUGGUAGAGAUGAAAAGCUACUUGUUGAUUUAGAUUCAAAUAUAAGUGAUAAAAUAAAAGAAGAGGAAGUCAAAAAAAUUAAUACGCUAAAACCUGUCACUUCUACUCGUGUAGCAAAAAUUAGCCCAGAUCAAUUAGAGAAUGCUUUAGAAAUGGGUCGCCAACAGGAUGUUACUGAAUGUAUCGGUAAUGUUUUGAAUCAACUGGAAUCAGCAUCCAUUCCAUUAUCUCUAGAUGACGAUGAAGAACAGAAUGAUUUAUUAAAAAAUUGUUUUUUGGUUAAGACUAAACAGAGCAUUAUACCAUUGGAGAAAAGCAAGCCACCCAGAAAUAAAAUUGAAAGAUUUUUAUCAUUAUUAGUAAAUAUCGGAGAUCACCCUAAAAAUAUUUACGAUGCCCUUGACCUAUACUUCAAUGAUGAACUUUUACAAAUGGAAGAAUAUGGUGAAGUUAGAAAAACUUUAUCGAUUACAGAAUUUCCUUCUAUACUACAAAUCCAAAUUCAAAGAGUAUAUUAUGAUCGUGAAAAAUUUAUUCCUUUUAAAUCAAUUGAGCCUUUGCCUUUUGGUAAUGUUUUAUACAUGGAUAGAUAUGCUGAAUUGGAUAAUAAGGAAUUGAUAGACACGAAAAAUAAAGCUAGGAUUAUGAAGAAAGAAUUGGCGAAUAUGAAGAAGAGACAAAAAGAACUUUUAAGUAGGAACGAAUUAGGAUUAUCAAGAAAAGAGUCUCUAAUUGAAACCAAGAGAUUGUUGAUGUCCGAUGUUUUGGAUAAUAAUGGAAUUGACGUACCAAUGAAAACAUCUCUUAUUUCACAAAUUGAAGCAAAUUUACUCGAAAUUGAUAGGGAAUUAACAACUUUAUUUAAUAAUAUUAGAGAUAUGGAAUUAAAUAUCAGCAACAUGUUUAAAGAAUUUCAAAGCAUUAAAUAUAACUUGUUUGCUGUGUUUAUUCAUAGAGGUGAAGCAAGUUAUGGUCAUUAUUGGACCUAUAUAAAGGAUUUUCAACAAAAUAGCAUUUGGAGAAAGUAUAAUGAUGAAACCAUUACAGAAGUCCCUGAUUCCGAAGUAUUUAAUUUUAUCGAAGGAAAUACCGCAACGCCGUAUUUCUUAGUAUAUGUUAAAAAUGAGAAUAUUGAUGAUAUUGAGCCAUUGAAGAGAAUAGUUUCUGAUUGCGCAUAA